UUAUUCCGGAAGCGGUGUUGCAGCGCCUCACGCUGCUAACAAAACAGUAUUUUCGGUUUGUUUUGGUGUCGGUUUUAAGCAGUUUGUUCCUAAUGUUUAUGACGGAAGCGGAACAUAUUGUCGGGGGAAAGAGUUUUAGCUGCAAUUAGCAGCUCGGUGCGAACAUGUCGGGCUUCAGUCCCGAGCUCAUCGACUACCUGGAGGGAAGGAUUUCGUUUGAGGAGUUCGAGCAGCGCAGGGAAGAACGCAGAGCCAAAGAGAAGGACGCGAGCGUCGGCGAGGACAAUGCGGAGCAGGAUUCGGAAGAGGACGACGGAGCCCUGUGCGAAGCAGCUGCUCCGCCGGGCACUUCGGGUACUACGGCAAGCAGCGAACGCCAAACUGAUGAGGGAGUGAGCCCCUCUGUUCAGAAGGCCUUCGCCUCCAUGCUCGGAGAGCCGGCGAGGAAGGCGCGGCAAGACGACGAGCAUCCGGAUGAGGACGUGGACGACACGGAGGUGCUCUCGGCGGGAGACGUGUUUGCCCUGGAGAUGAAGCUCAACCGUGAGAACAAGAAGAUGAUGAGGGAGCGGCGUCAUCGCAGCAAACUCCCUCGAGCACUACGAGGACUGAUGGGGGAGGCCAACAUUCGUUACGCACGUGGGGACAAGGAGGACGCUAUCAUGAUGUGCAUGGAGAUUAUCAGACAGGCACCCUUGGCUUAUGAGCCAUUUUCCACCCUGGCUAUGAUUUAUGAGGACCAAGGAGACAUGGAGAAGUCCCUACAAUUUGGCCUGAUCGCUGCACACUUGAACCCCAGUGACUGUGAUGAGUGGGUCAAGCUGGCUGAUAUGUCCUUGGAGCAGGACAACAUUAAGCAGGCCAUAGUAUGCUACUCCAAGGCAAUUAAGUAUGAUCCCAGUAAUGUGCGUUACCUCUGGGAGCGCUCCAGCCUCUACGAGCAGGUGGGGGACCACAAGCAAGCCAUGGAUGGAUACCGCCGCAUUCUCAACCUCCUUCCCUCUUCCGAUGGAGAACAGUUUAUGCAGCUGUCACGAGACAUGGCCAAGAGCUAUUAUGAGACCAGUGACCUACAGGCAGCUAUCGGUGUGAUGGAGGAGGCCAUGAACCGACAUCCGGGCCUAGUGACUCAUGAGUGCGUGAACAUGGCUGCGGAACUCUACAUUGCAAGCCACGAACACAAAAAAGCUCUACAGGCACUGCUACACUUUUGUGGGAUUGUACUGGAGAGAAGCAGCUCUAAGCAGACUGUCGAAGGACAACAGGAAGACCGUAAUCAAACAGAUGAGGAGAAAAAAAACGAAGAGGAGGGGGAAGUGCAGUGGGUGCACAUUCCACAUGAGGUCCCCAUUGACCUCAGAGUAAAGCUUAUGGUCUGUCUGAUUCAGCAGCACAUCUUCAAGCCUCUUGAUCCGAUGUUAACGGCACUGAUGGAGCAGAGCCCAGAGGAGUUUGGGGAUCUUUACUUGGACGUUGCAGAGGCCUUCCUUGACGAGGGGAAGUAUAGCUCUGCGCUGCCCUUGCUGUCAGCACUCGUGUGUUCCGAGAGAUACAACUUGGCCGUAGUCUGGCUAAGGCACGCAGAUUGUUUGAAGGCUCUGGGACACAUGGAAGUUGCAGUGAAAAGCUACACCAAGGUAGUUGAGAUGGCUCCUUUGCACUUGGAAGCACGCCUGUCGUCGUCUACUCUGCAGCAGCAACUGGGAAACCCAAGUGGUGCCCUGAAGGCUCUGGAGCCUAUGCAUGACUCCGAAACUCUGGCAAAGGAUUCUGCCGCCACACAACAGGAGCUCAAGUUGCUACUCCACCGCUCCAUUUUGCUGCGUUCCCAAGGCCGUGUCGAUGACUACCUGGAUGCCAUUCUCACUAUGCUAGCAAUGUUGCUGAAGGUGGCCAUGAACCGCGCUCAGGUGUGUCUGGUCUCUAAGAGCACUUCUGGAGAGAAACAUUUGUACCUCAUCAAAGUGUGUCGUGAGAAGAUCUCUGAUAUCGAAGACCAGGAGGCUGCGUACCUUGAUGUUAUAGGCAAGACCAGUGUUCUGUCACGGGACGACUGGUGGCAGCUCUUGUUGCGAUGUAUCUGUGUUCUAAGUGAGCAACAGCGCUUUGGGGAGGCCGAACUUCUGGUGGACUCAUCUCUCGAAUACUAUUCUUUCUACGAUGAUCGUGAGAAAAGGAAGGAGCUCGAGUACUUUGGCUUGUCUGCUGCCAUCUUAGAUCGCAACUUCCGCAAGGCAUACAACUACAUCAGGCUGAUGCUGAUGGACAGUGUUGACCGGCCACAGCUAUGGAAUAUCUUCAACCAGGUGACGAUGCAUUCCCAGGACGUGCGACAUCACCGCUUCUGCCUUCGACUUAUGUUGAAGAACCCCGAGAAUCACGCACUGUGUGUUUUGAACGGCCACAACGCCUUUGUGUCGGGGAGCUUCAAGCAUGCCCUUGGGCAGUAUGUACAGGCUUUUCGGGCCCAUCCCAGUGAACCUCUUUAUUGUCUGUGUGUCGGUCUUACCUUCUUCCAUAUGGCAUCACAAAAGUUUGUGGUGAAAAGGCACCCACUUCUCAUUCAGGGCUUUUCUUUUUUAUGGCGUUAUUUGGAGUUGCGCGGACACUGCCAGGAGAGCCUCUACAACAUGGGCCGUGCGAUGCAGCAACUAGGCUUGGCCCAUCUCGCCAUCCAUUACUACCAGAAGGCCCUGGUCUCUCCUGUGCCUGCAUCAGAGGGCAUGGAUGAUGACCAGGUGGACCUGCGCAGGGAAAUAGCGUAUAACCUCUCUCUCAUAUACCAGAGCAGUGGCAACAAGGAGAUGGUGCAGCACCUCCUCCGCUCUUACUGUGUUGUCUGAAAGGCUGUGUGUGGCUCUUUCGCACUUUGUCUAAAUACCGGGUUCAUUUCAUCACCCCCUCCUUUCCAUUUCAUAGCUGUGUCAUCUGCCUAGUCAGAGCCCAUCUCUCACAACCCCACACUUUAUAAAAUGGCUUGGGUGGGUAGAAGAAGGGUCUGGAGCAAAUAAAAGA